GCGGUGGUAGUGUUCCCCCCCCCCCGCCCCGUUCCGUGAGGGGGUGUCCCGGGAAUGCCCCGCGUUCGAGGAGUCUCCCGUGUCCCGAAGUCCCUCGUGGCCCAAGAGUUCCCGCUGAGCUUUUCCAAAUUGGGGCCAAACUGCCCCCUUCGUCCCGGUGGCGGCGCCCGGAGCCCCUCGCCACCCGGGAUGGGGUUGUGCGACUGCCCUUGAGCUGCCCUUCCCAGGGCAUCCCCAGCACCGUGUCUCCUCUGCCCCUCAGUAAUCAAGGGUAGCCAAGGACGUGCUUUUCCACCUUUGCUCAGGAUUGUCUUUUUGCCAGUGGUCUGAAGACUGAUGCUUUUUGGUCCACAGGAAGUAUUCAACAUUAAGUAACAUGUCUUCCACCAAAACUCCAAAUGAAAAUGAAACACCCAAAGAGAGAAAACCAGGACUGAGGAGUGUUCAGACAACUAUGCUUUUCCGAGCUGUGAACCCAGAGCUUUUCAUUAAACCUAACAAACCUGUGAUGGCAUUUGGACUGAUAGCAAUUAGCCUCUGUGUGGCCUACCUUGGUUAUUUGCAUGCAACAGCAGAGAAUAAAAAGGACCUCUACGAAGCAAUCGACAGUGAGGGCUCCAGCUAUAUGAGGAGGAAAACUUCCAAGUGGGACUGAGAAUGUAAGAAAGGAAAUCAGUAAACCACUCACAGAACUUUUGAAGGCAACUACUGUAUUUUUCUCUUCCCCUUGAAAUAAUGGAUAAAUGUCUCUCUUGCUAUUUAAUCCAAUUCACAUCCCUUUAUAAAAUGCUGUGCCUGUACAAAUAAAAUGCAGUAAAGAUACAUGUGAAAAUAAAAGUGAUUUUAAGAAUUGCUCUCUGUGAUGUCCAGAGAGAAGACAUGAAAUCACUUCAGACCUGCAGUCAUUACUGGUAAAUGCCUUAGAAACCGACUUGA